GGCAAACGCCGUGGAAGUUUCGCGAAUUUAAAGGAUACGGCCGGCACGAAAGGCUUCAAGAUUGCUCGAAAACCGUCGCGCGACGUGCGCAGGAGUGGCAGAGCUGCGGAAAUAGGGGGUGCCGGCGUAAUGCAGCGGGUGGGCGCAGCCGGGGGGCCCGGGCCCAUCGGCUUCCAGGGCCCUCCGAGAUCACUGAAAAUCUCACCGGUCAACAUACAGGACGAAUCCGCCGACCCCACGCAGAAAAGCAGGAGUUCGCACUGCGUCGGCUGCGGCGGUCGAAUUCACGAUCAGUGGAUCCUGAGGGUGGCGCCUAAUCUAGAAUGGCACGCGGCGUGUUUGAAAUGUGCCGAGUGUCAACAGUUUCUGGAUGAAAAGUGCACUUGUUUUGUGCGAGACGGCAAGACCUACUGCAAGCGCGAUUACGUUAGGUUAUUCGGCACGAAAUGCGACAAGUGUAGCCAGUGCUUUAGCAAAAAUGACUACGUGAUGAGAGCGAAGACCAAGAUCUAUCACGUGGAGUGCUUUCGAUGCUGCGCCUGCAUGAGGCGACUCGAGACCGGGGACGAGUUCGCCCUGAGACAGGAUGGUCUCUUCUGUCGACACGAUCACGACGUCCUCGAAGGCGGGAAACACUGCACCGGAGCCGCCGGUAUACCCGGAAACGAGAACAACAAUAACGCCUCCCUCACGAACAACAAUCAUCAUCUGCACCCGAACGACGGUUCGAUGUCAGACUCCGGAUCGGAGAGCGGAUCCCACAAGGCGGGUGUCGGCGGCGUCCGUGGCUCCGGCGGCCACAAAAGCGGCGGCGGAUCCGACGGCAAGCCUACGCGGGUGCGCACCGUCCUCAACGAGAAGCAGCUGCACACCCUGAGGACUUGCUACGCGGCGAAUCCGCGUCCGGACGCCCUCAUGAAGGAGCAGCUGGUCGAGAUGACCGGGCUGAGUCCACGCGUUAUCAGGGUAUGGUUCCAGAACAAGAGGUGCAAGGACAAGAAGAAGACGAUCGCACUGAAGCAGCAGAUGCAGGAGAAGCACUUUUUAUUUCAGGACGGGCGUAAGUUGGGUUUCGGUGGCAUGCAUGGCAUUCCCAUGGUUGCCAGCAGCCCCGUGAGACACGAGAGUCCUAUCGGCAUGACGCCGCUGGAGGUCCAGGCUUAUCAGCCGCCGUGGAAGGCGCUCUCGGAGUUCGCCCUUCAUACGGACUUGGAGCGACUGGAUCCCAACGCGCCGUCUUUCCAUCAUCUGGUGUCCCAGAUGCACGGUUACGACUUGCACGGAGGUCCGCCACCACAAUUGCCACCCCCGGGGAUGCUCGGGGGGCCGAUGAGCGACGGAGGGGGCGGCCCGCUUCCGCCGCCAGGACCCCAUCAUCCGGGCGGCGGCGGCGGACCGGAUAUGGGCCAGCACCCGGACAGCACCGACAGCUUCGUGACCUACGUCGAGAGUGACAGUGACUCGUUUCAUCACGAUACGGGAAGUCCAUAGUGUCGUGCGCGUGACGGAUGCGAGGAAAGCAAGAAAACGACAACCCCUUCGCCGUCCUUCGCCUUCUUAGCGACCCUGGUCGUCAUGCUCGCCGUAACGGCGAGAUACUUACAACGACGGCAGAUCUGAAGACAGAAAUCUGGGAAAAAAUAUACGCACACUUUUACAGCGGUGGACGAAUUUCAGAUACCAAAGGACUCCUUUUCGUGUCUCUUGUCAUGAUUUUUCGACGAUAAUCAAACGGGCGGAACGGGACACGUCGGGAUUCGAUGUUCGAAAGAUAUGAUUCACAGAAACAACAUAUAUCUAGAUAUAUUUGCAAUGAGCCAGAAGGGGUUGGUUUUUAUGCACUUGAAACUAAUAUUUUCCUCUGAUGAGAGAAUCUCGUGAAUACGAAAAUUCUGACUUUACAUAUACAAGAAAUUAAAAAAAAAUUAUGCCCAAUAUGAAAUGCUAGCAAGAGCUUAUCCAUCCGUUAUUGCUAUAAUUAAUUAAGUAAUUAAUUAAUUAAUUAUACUAGUAUCAGAUCUGGCAGUCUAUAAUAUAAUUAAUUAAUUAAUUAUACUAGUAUCAGAUGGCUUUGCCAGCAUUUUAUUGGGCAUAAUUUAUUAGUAUAUUAAUUUUUUUUAUUUUUUUAUAUAUGUAAAAUCAGAAUAUUUUCUCAAAAAACCAAAAACAAUUCUAAGGGAUGAAAUUACCCCUUAUAUGUAAGCUUUUUACUUUUUUCUAUAAGUAUAUCUUGAAAAACAGAGACAUCAAAAAUGUUUUAUACAAAGUUCAUUUUAUAAAAUUAUAUUUAA